AUGCGCUGCAUGAAGGCUCUGCAGAAUGCGUUGAGCGGGGCCUGCAGACCGGGAGGCUGGGGUCACCUAAGCCGGAGCCCCCUCCUUGGCGGGGGCGUCCGUCACCACCUCAGUGAGGCCGCGGCGCAGGACAGGGAGAAGGCUCACAGUCACCAGCCGCAGCACCAGGAUCAUGAUUCGUCAGAAAGUGGCAUGCUGUCCCGUCUGGGUGAUUUGCUCUUCUACACAAUUGCUGAGGAACAGGAACGAAUCCCUAUCCACAAGUUCACUACAGCACUGAAGGCCACUGGACUGCAGACAUCAGAUCCCCGACUCCGGGACUGUAUGAGCCAGAUGCGCCACAUGGUUCAAGAGUCCAGCAGUGGUGGCCUCUUGGACCGAAAUCUCUUCCGAAAGUGUGUGAGCAGCAACAUUGUGCUCCUGACCCAGGCAUUCCGAAAGAAGUUUGUCAUUCCUGAUUUUGAGGAGUUCACAGGCCAUGUGGAUCGCAUCUUUGAGAAUGCCAAAGAGCUCACUGGAGGCAAAGUGGCGGCCUAUAUCCCUCAGUUGGCCAAGUCAAACCCAGACUUGUGGGGCGUAUCCCUGUGCACUGUGGAUGGUCAGCGGCACUCCGUGGGCCACACAAAGAUCCCCUUUUGCCUGCAGUCCUGUGUGAAGCCCCUCACCUAUGCCAUCUCCAUAAGCACCCUAGGCACUGACUAUGUGCACAAGUUUGUGGGCAAAGAGCCCAGCGGCCUGCGCUACAACAAGCUCUCCCUCAAUGAGGAAGGAAUUCCCCAUAACCCUAUGGUCAAUGCUGGUGCCAUUGUUGUCAGCUCCCUAAUCAAGAUGGACUGUAACAAAGCAGAGAAGUUUGAUUUUGUGUUACAAUAUCUGAACAAAAUGGCCGGGAAUGAAUACAUAGGUUUCAGCAAUGCCACAUUCCAGUCAGAGAAGGAAACAGGGGAUCGGAAUUAUGCCAUUGGCUAUUAUCUCAAGGAAAAGAAGUGCUUUCCUAAGGGGGUGGACAUGAUGGCAGCUCUCGAUCUCUAUUUCCAGCUGUGCUCCGUGGAGGUCACCUGUGAAUCAGGCAGUGUUAUGGCAGCCACCCUCGCCAAUGGUGGGAUCUGCCCCAUCACAGGCGAGAGAGUGCUGAGCGCUGAAGCAGUGCGCAACACCCUCAGCCUCAUGCAUUCCUGUGGCAUGUAUGACUUCUCUGGACAGUUUGCUUUCCAUGUGGGCCUGCCAGCCAAGUCAGCUGUGUCAGGAGCCAUCCUCCUGGUGGUACCCAAUGUCAUGGGAAUGAUGUGUCUGUCACCUCCACUGGACAAGCUGGGGAACAGCCAAAAGGGCAUCAGCUUCUGCCAGAAGUUGGUGUCUCUCUUCAAUUUCCACAACUAUGAUAACCUGCGGCACUGUGCUCGAAAGUUAGACCCACGGCGUGAAGGGGGAGAAGUUCGGAACAAAACUGUGGUGAACCUGUUAUUUGCUGCCUAUAGUGGAGAUGUGUCAGCUCUUCGAAGGUUUGCCUUGUCAGCCAUGGACAUGGAACAGAAAGACUAUGACUCCCGCACAGCUCUGCAUGUUGCUGCAGCUGAAGGACACAUUGAAGUUGUUAAAUUCCUGAUUGAGGCUUGCAAAGUGAAUCCUUUUGUCAAGGACAGGUGGGGCAACAUUCCACUGGAUGAUGCUGUACAAUUCAACCACCUGGAGGUGGUCAAACUGCUUCAAGAUUACCAGGACUCCUACACACUCUCUGAAACACAGGCUAAGGCAGCAGCUGAAGCCCUAUCUAAAGAGAACUUAGAGAGCAUGGUGUGAACAUGGGUCAAGGACAUUCCCCGCUCAAGAAAAAGCAUGAAUUGCCACACACUUAACCCAUAACCACCAAAAAUGCUAUGGAGAGCUUCAGUGGAGACUAAAGAAGUCAUUUGGUGACUUAGACCAGUGCUUUCUGUGACAGUCAAAAUACCGCAUUCUCUCAGUAGACAGAAUACAGAGAAGAGCAUCAGUGAACACCUGCAGUAGAGCUAUCCACGAAGACCGUGGGUCUCUUUGAGGUACAGCCAAAUGAGUUGGCCCACUCAAAACUAUCCAAGGUCUUCAUCCUGGGAAGGUCCCCUCUUCUUCUCCCUGAAGAAACCAUCAUAAGAGAGAGAUGCUCUGAUGGAGGGGCUGUAGCUACCAGGUACAUGUACUUAUCCAUGGAGUAAGGGAAAGAGGGGGCCUACACACCUGGCUUUAGUAUUCCAGAGAGAUCUGCCCUCCUUGAGCUGGAUGUGCCGCUGCUGCUACUGCUAACAGCAAUUUUAUAGACAGAGAAAGUAUU